GGGCGGGGCUACUCCGCCCUCCGCUUCUGCUUCUCGAUUCCUCUUCUGGGUCUCAUGCUCCUCCUUCUUUUGCGCCGAAUGCGUUCUCCAAUCGGAUCCGUCGACCCCCCUAGGUGGGCGUGCCCGGCAGCCGACGGGGCGGGGCGGAUAUGACUGGCGGGCCGACUAGUGCUGGUUGCCACCGCCGGUUUAGAAAUCCUAUUCUCGCGCCGGGGACUGGAUUUUUCCCUACGUCAGCGCAGCUAGGCGAUGUCGGGAGCGAGCUCGGACCGAGGGCUCAGUUGCGUCAGUGCCGCGCGCGUGCUCGUCCCCGGGCGCGCGCGCUUCCCGGCCAGACUUGGGGCCCCGGCAGGGUUGGAAAAUGAUGGAAGAGGCGGAGGUGGAGGCGACCGAGUGCUGAGAGGAACCUGCGGAAUCGGCCGAGAUGGGGUCUGGCGCGCGCUUUCCCUCGGGGACCCUUCGCGUCCGGUGGUUGCUGUUGCUUGGCCUGGUGGGCCCAGUCCUCGGUGCGGCGCGGCCAGGCUUUCAACAGACCUCACAUCUUUCUUCUUAUGAAAUUAUAACUCCUUGGAGAUUAACUAGAGAAAGAAGAGAAGCCCCUAGGCCCUAUUCAAAACAAGUAUCUUAUGUUAUUCGGGCUGAAGGAAAAGAGCAUAUUAUUCACUUGGAAAGGAACAAAGACCUUUUGCCUGAAGAUUUUGUGGUUUAUACUUACAACAAGGAAGGGACUUUAAUCAGUGACCAUCCCAAUAUACAGAAUCAUUGUCAUUAUCGGGGCUAUGUGGAGGGAGUUCAUAAUUCAUCCAUUGCUCUUAGCGACUGUUUUGGACUCAGAGGAUUGCUGCAUUUAGAGAAUGCGAGUUAUGGGAUUGAACCCCUGCAGAACAGCUCUCAUUUUGAGCACAUCAUUUAUCGAAUGGAUGAUGUCUACAAAGAGCCUCUGAAAUGUGGAGUUUCCAACAAGGAUAUAGAGAAAGAAACUGCGAAGGAUGAAGAGGAAGAGCCUCCCAGCAUGACUCAGCUACUUCGAAGAAGAAGAGCUGUCUUGCCACAGACCCGGUAUGUGGAGCUGUUCAUUGUCGUAGACAAGGAAAGGUAUGACAUGAUGGGAAGAAAUCAGACUGCUGUGAGAGAAGAGAUGAUUCUCCUGGCAAACUACUUGGAUAGUAUGUAUAUUAUGUUAAAUAUUCGAAUUGUGCUAGUUGGACUGGAGAUUUGGACCAAUGGAAACCUGAUCAACAUAGUUGGGGGUGCUGGUGAUGUGCUGGGGAACUUCGUGCAGUGGCGGGAAAAGUUUCUUAUCACACGUCGGAGACAUGACAGUGCACAGCUAGUUCUAAAGAAAGGUUUUGGUGGAACUGCAGGAAUGGCAUUUGUGGGAACAGUGUGUUCAAGGAGCCACGCAGGCGGGAUUAAUGUGUUUGGACAAAUCACUGUGGAGACAUUUGCUUCCAUUGUUGCUCAUGAAUUGGGUCAUAAUCUUGGAAUGAAUCACGAUGAUGGGAGAGAUUGUUCCUGUGGAGCAAAGAGCUGCAUCAUGAAUUCAGGAGCAUCGGGUUCCAGAAACUUUAGCAGUUGCAGUGCAGAGGACUUUGAGAAGUUAACUUUAAAUAAAGGAGGAAACUGCCUUCUUAAUAUUCCAAAGCCUGAUGAAGCCUAUAGUGCUCCCUCCUGUGGUAAUAAGUUGGUGGACGCUGGGGAAGAGUGUGACUGUGGUACUCCAAAGGAAUGUGAAUUGGACCCUUGCUGCGAAGGAAGUACCUGUAAGCUUAAAUCAUUUGCUGAGUGUGCAUAUGGUGACUGUUGUAAAGACUGUCGGUUCCUUCCAGGAGGUACUUUAUGCCGAGGAAAAACCAGUGAGUGUGAUGUUCCAGAGUACUGCAAUGGUUCUUCUCAGUUCUGUCAGCCAGAUGUUUUUAUUCAGAAUGGAUAUCCUUGCCAGAAUAACAAAGCCUAUUGCUACAACGGCAUGUGCCAGUAUUAUGAUGCUCAAUGUCAAGUCAUCUUUGGCUCAAAAGCCAAGGCUGCCCCCAAAGAUUGUUUCAUUGAAGUGAAUUCUAAAGGUGACAGAUUUGGCAAUUGUGGUUUCUCUGGCAAUGAAUACAAGAAGUGUGCCACUGGGAAUGCUUUGUGUGGAAAGCUUCAGUGUGAGAAUGUACAAGAGAUACCUGUAUUUGGAAUUGUGCCUGCUAUUAUUCAAACGCCUAGUCGAGGCACCAAAUGUUGGGGUGUGGAUUUCCAGCUAGGAUCAGAUGUUCCAGAUCCUGGGAUGGUUAACGAAGGCACAAAAUGUGGUGCUGGAAAGAUCUGUAGAAACUUCCAGUGUGUAGAUGCUUCUGUUCUGAAUUAUGACUGUGAUGUUCAGAAAAAGUGUCAUGGACAUGGGGUAUGUAAUAGCAAUAAGAAUUGUCACUGUGAAAAUGGCUGGGCUCCCCCAAAUUGUGAGACUAAAGGAUACGGAGGAAGUGUGGACAGUGGACCUACAUACAAUGAAAUGAAUACUGCAUUGAGGGACGGACUUCUGGUGUUCUUCUUCCUAAUUGUUCCCCUUAUUGUCUGUGCUAUUUUUAUCUUCAUCAAGAGAGAUCAACUGUGGAGAAGCUACUUCAGAAAGAAGAGAUCACAAACAUAUGAGUCAGAUGGCAAAAAUCAAGCAAACCCUUCUAGACAGCCGGGGAGUGUUCCUCGACAUGUUUCUCCAGUGACACCUCCCAGAGAAGUUCCUAUAUAUGCAAACAGAUUUGCAGUACCAACCUAUGCAGCCAAGCAACCUCAGCAGUUCCCAUCAAGGCCACCUCCACCACAACCGAAAGUAUCAUCUCAGGGAAACUUAAUUCCUGCCCGUCCUGCUCCUGCACCUCCUUUAUAUAGUUCCCUCACUUGAUUUUUUUAACCUUCUUUUUGCAAAUGUCUUCAGGGAACUGAGCUGAUACUUUUUUUUUUCUUGAAGUUUUCUUGAAAAGCCUUUCUUUCUGUUGCAACUAUGAAUGAAAACAAAAUACCACAAAACAGACUUUACUAACACAGAAAAACAGAAACUGAGUGUGAGAGUUGAGAAAUACAAGGAAAUGCAGUAAAGCCAGGGAAUUUACAAUAACAUUUCCGUUUCCAUCAUUGAAUAAGUCUUAUUCAGUCAUCGGUGAGGUUAAUGCACUAAUCAUGGAUUUUUUGAACAUGUUAUUGCAGUGAUUCUCAAAUUAACUGUAUUGGUGUAAGAUUUUUGUCAUUACGUGUUUAAGUGAUUGAAUUUUCUACCUUAGUUAUCAUUAAUGUAGUUCCUCAUUGAACAUGUGAUAAUCUAAUACCUGUGAAAACUGACUAAUCAGCUGCCAAUAAUAUCUAAUAUUUUCAUCAUGCACGAAUUAAUAAUCAUCAUACUCUAGAAUCUUGUCUGUCACUCACUACAUGAAUAAGCAAAUAUUGUCUUCAAAAGAAUGCACAAGAACCACAAUUAAGAUGUCAUAUUAUUUCGAAAGUACAAAAUAUACUAAAAGAGUGUGUGUGUUCACGCAGUUACUCGCUUCCAUUUUCAUGACCUUUCAACUAUAGGUAAUAACUCUUAGAGAAAUUAAUUUAAUACUAGAAUUUCUAUUAUGAAUCAUGUGAAAGCAUGACAUUCGUUCACAAUAGCACUAUUUUAAAUAUAAGCUUUAAGGUACGAAGUAUUUAAUAGAUCUAAUCAAAUAUGUUGUUGAUUCAUGGCUAUAAUAAAGCAGGAGCAAUUAUAAAAUCUUCAAUCAAUUGAACUUUUACAAAACCACUUGAGAAUUUCAUGAGCACUUUAAAAUCUGAACUUUCAAAGCUUGCUAUUAAAUCAUUUAGAAUGUUUACAUUUACUAAGGUGUGCUGGGUCAUGUAAAAUAUUAGACACUAAUAUUUUCAUAGAAAUUAGGCUGGAGAAAGAAGGAAGAAAUGGUUUUCUUAAAUACCUACAAAAAAGUUACUGUGGCAUCUAUGAGUUAUCAUCUUAGCUGUGUUAAAAAUGAAUUUUUACUAUGGCAGAUAUGGUAUGGAUAGUAAAAUUUUAAGCACUAAAAAUUUUUUCAUAACCUUUCAUAAUAAAGUUUAAUAAUAGGUUUAUUAACUGAAUUUCAUUAGUUUUUUAAAAGUGUUUUUGGUUUGUGUAUAUAUACAUAUACAAAUACAACAUUUACAAUAAAUAAAAUACUUGAAAUUCUC